AUGGAUACAGAAGAUAAAAUUGAAGCCACAAAAAUCGAAAAUAUAAAUAUAGUCUCUUUAAAAGACUAUUUUAUCGCAUUGGAUGAAUUAGAAGACAUCUGCGAUGAUCUCGUCGAAUGCUACAAGAAGGAGGAGAAAUAUUAUUUAGAAGAAGAUAAAUUUAAUAUGAUAUUAGAAGAGGAGAGUGAAUUAGUCGAAGCUCUAUUUGAAAUGUCUUCUGAUAUUAAAAAGGAAUUUAAAGAUAUUUUGGAUGCCUUUAGAAUAAGAGCAACAGAAAGGCAAAGAAUAAGAAGAGUUGCAAUUUCAAGGGAAUUAUCCAAGAAGCCAAGAGCUCCAAAAGAAAAUUAA